AUGUCAACACUCACGAAUGGCGUUUCCUCCCAUCGCGCGGACAGCGACAAUGCCGCCGACGGCGCACACAGCAGCGCUGCGGCCCGACCUAGCUGUAGCAGCACCAGCAGUAUCUACGCAGCAUCGAGCGUCGCCGAGGUGCAUGCUGCCCUCGAAGCUCUCCACGCCCGCGAAUCGACAAUCACGAGCCGUCUCGACGCACUCCUAGGCUCCCAGGCCGACCUCGCCCGCGAAUUAGGACGACUAGACCUGCUGCGCGCGGGGCUCGGUAGUCAGGUCAUUGCUGCCCGGUCCGUUGGCAAUGACAUGCUCUCGACGGCCGCGGACACGGCGGGGCGGCUGAGCAAUAAGGUGAAGGAGCUGGACUUGGAGAAGAGCCGGGUCGAGGAUACACUCGAGGUUGUGAAACAGGUCGUCGAGCUCAAGGCUUGUGUCCAGGGCGUCGUGGGCAGCAUGGGUGCCCCGCAGGACUGGGAGGCGGCCGCGGCGUACCUUGCGCGGGCGGCGCAGGUGCCGGAAGAUAUCACCAAGGGCAAAUUUGCGGCGUCGAUUGUACCGUCCGUCGAGGUUCCCGACCCCCCGUGGGUGACGCUCGAGAACGCCAAGGAGAGUCUAUGCGGGCUGUUCCUCAGGGAGUUCGAGAAGGCGACCAAGGAGGGAGACGGUGCCAAGGUGACGAGGUUCUUCAAGCUGUUCCCGCUCAUUGGAAGAGGAGACGUUGGUCUGGACGUAUAUGGGCGGUAUGUUUGCCAAGGCGUGGCCGGUACGGCGCGAUCGGUAUUGAAGGAGAGUCCCGGUGUCCAGGCGAGGAAAGAAGGCUUCUUCUAUGCGAAUGCUCUCACCAGAUUGUUCGACCAUAUUGCACGCAUUGUGGAAGGUCACGGAGGUCUUGUGGAGCUGCAUUAUGGCUCUGGCAAGAUGGUUCGUGUCAUUGAGCGUUUGCAGCAGGAGGCCGACGUACAAGGAGGCAUUGUCCUCGACUCGUGGAGCGAUGAGCGAGACGUGGACAGGCGGCUUAAGGACGUCAAGAGCUACCCCUUUUCUUUCUUGGUGCAGAGCUUUCUCCCUCAGCAGAGAGGUGGGACCCCGCGGGUCAACUCGCCUGCCAUGGGCGCCGGCGCAAACCCGCGAGCUAGUGAGGAUGAGGGCGUCAACAUGAAGGAGGUCGAUGGCCUUCUAAGUGAGAUCGCAAUCAUGCUCGGCCGGUGGUCUCUAUACUCCAAGUUCCUAGCAGGAAAGACUCGCGACCCAUCUACACCCGACGACGCUCCCCUGUCCGUGCCGGAAGUUGUCGUCAAGUCCAACCUCAGGAAGAAGGUUUCGGACAAGCUUACAUCCCCCUAUAACAUCAUGAUGACUUUCUUCUUCCGAAGAUCAGUCGAAAAGGCGUUUCAACUGGACGAGUCGCCAGCGAGCAGCCUGUCUCUCAGUAUGAACAAGCACAUUGACACAAACCAAGCAUUCAUCAUCUCUGCGGUUGACGACGUCAUGUACGUCGUCAGUGCCGUUAUCCAAAAGUCAAUAUCGACAUCUCAAAGAGACGUCAUCUCAUCCGUCAUUCCCACCAUCGGUCGCGUCCUCGGCUCAGACUUUGUCGGCAUGAUUCAACGAAAGAUGCGAGACGAGUCCUACCCCAAACCAAUUGUGCAAGGAGGAUUCCCGCCAGAAGACAGGAUCAUCCAGUUCAUCGUCCUCAUCAACAGUCUUGAUACUGCCAAUGAGUACCUCGGACGCAUCAUUACGACCAACGUCGGAAGCACAAACGACCCGCCAAAGGUAAAUGGCGAUGCUCAUGAGGCAUCACUUAGAGACACAUUCCCUUUCGACAAAGACGUUGCUUUCGUGGCUUCUGCUCUCAACACACUGCAAAGCUCCUUCACCACGAAGACCACCGAGCUUCUCAACGAGGGACUCCAGGUUCUUUUCAAGCAGGUCGUUCAACCACGCCUUCGGCCUGUGCUCAGCGACACCUUCCGCGACGUGGACUACUCUUUGACGGAAGAAGAGCUAGCCGACUUUGCUCAACAAAACGACGAGGACGAGGAGGAGAUGCUAGACCAGGUGUCCCGUCGCUUUGAGCACGGCUGGGACCAGCUCAUGAAGCCUGUCGCGCGUCUCAUGACGCCUCACACCUUUACGACGCUCCAUGACCUGACGGCGCGGUACCUCUCGCGUGUGCUCGAACGCAGGGUCUGGGAUGCCCGGGCAAACGCCUAUGGUGUUAUCCGCAUGGAGCGCGACUUCUCCAGCAUCGUCAGCACCGUGUCCAAGGGCAACUACGGCGUCAGAGAGCUGUUUGCGAGGGUCUCACAGAUCUUGAUGGUGGCCAAUAUGGAAGAGGAGGAAUGGGAGGAGAUUUCUGCUCAGCCGGAUGACGGGGAGGAGGAUGGUAUGAUUUGGGUUCUGACUGAAGAUGAGAGGCGGCGGGCGAGGCAUCUUACGUCUAGGGAGCGUAGAGGAUGA